AUGGCAGAAGUUGCUCCCGCGCCUACCACUGCCAUGCCAGCCAAAGCACCCAAGAAGAAAGCAGCUUCAAGGACCAAGAAAUCAGGCCUGAGCAUCGGCGAGCUCAUCAUCAAAGGGAUUUCUUUGUCGAAGGAGAGGAACAGCGUGUCCCUCUCCACCUUAAAGAAAGCUUUGCAGGCCACUAGAUAUGAUGUGGAGAACAACAACCACCGCAUCAAAAUCACUGUCAGGAAACUUGUGGCGAAAGGCAUUCUGGUGCGGACCAAAGGGGCCGGUGCGUCUGGCUCUUUCAAGCUGAAGAGGAAGCAGACUGAAGGCCAGAAGCCCACUGAGAAAGCUGCACCCCCAAAGCCAAAAAGGCAGCCACCAAAAAAAACACCGUGGCUAAGAAGCCCAAGAAGGUAG